UUGUCAAACGCCACCUACUGACAUCAUUAUGUACGAUAAUCGACUUACAACUAUUCGAGUAUCAGUUAAGCACGGGUUGAGCAGUAAAAAGUAUAAAGUAGGGAGAGUUGAGCAAAACGUGUAAGUUACAUAAAACUUCACGACGUAUCUUUUUCUUCCAAAGUUUUUUCUAUUACAUAUGUGGUUUAACUCCAAAGUAAUAUUAAUUUUGCUAUUGGUUACAUACUUCAAUUAGUUAAUCGUGAAGUUCAGUUUCUAAGGAAAAUUAGUUUUAACACCUUAUGCAGAUGGUGCUGUAAUAGAAGAAGCGUUUCUUACAAAAUAUCCCAGGCACGUUACUACGUUUCCGGACGCGAACGAGUAAACAGGUGAAUGGUGUAUUCGACGUUAAUGGUUAUUUCUCAUCUACUAAACUUACAAGUUGAACGAAAUUAACCGAAAUAAUUCUUCGUCUAAACUUUGGUAAUAUAAAUCAAACGUUUUCAGUGUUUUUAAUUAGUAAUAAUAGUAAAAUUGCCUGUCGCGAUUUGUCGGAGUGAAUAGUGCUUUGGUGGACAAUACAUCAAGGAUUGUUCUUAUAUUUGUGACGUAUACCUAGUAAUCUUAAACAAUACAAGACAUACAAGUGUACAAUGUUGUAGCUUAUAUUAAAUCAAUGUCGUUACAACGGAAUACAAGAAAAAAUUCUUCUUAAUAAUUACUAUUAAUAAAAAGAUCAUGGAGAAAAUAAAUAAUUUCAAUAGUGACCUUUUCUUGUCAGAAAGUGAAUAUGAUGGGAACGAUGGCGAUUAUAAUGACAAUGAGGUUACCAAAUAUCACGACAAACAGAGUAAUUGUAAACCAAAAACGAAAAAGAAAUACCGUACUUCAGCUUCUGAAAGUACAGUAAAGAAAAAGAAACGAAGCAAAAAAGUAAGCGAUGUAAUGUCUAAUGUCAAUAAAGAAAAAGAAGCUUCAACAUCGAAUGCUAAUUAUGAUAGCGACUAUCCUCAAAGCUUUAAUGAAAUGAAUAAUGAUCCUGAUUUUGAGAUGAAACAUACAUCUCAUGAUUCUUUUUAUGACUUUAACAAAGAUGCACAAAUGGAUAGAAUACAUGAAACUUCUCCUUUUAAUAUUGAAGCAUCUGCUUCAAAUAUUUCAAAGGGGAUUAAGCAACAUCGUUUGUCGAGUGAUGAUGAUACUGAUAAUGAUGAUCAAAAAAGACGUAGUAAUUCAUAUGAUGAUCAUGACGAUGAUGACGAUGACAGACAUAGUGGUUUUAUUAAAGACAACAUAUAUAAUAUUGAUAAAAAUACUGAAAAGAAUAGACAAAUUCUUUAUGAGGAUUUCAAUAAAGAACAGUUUGAAAGUUCAUAUGAGAUGGCAGAAAGUUUUAGUGAUGAUGCACCUACAUUCAAUAUAUCCAACAGUAGCAAAAUAAAGUACAAUGAAUCAUUUGAAAAUGAUAAAUUAUUAAAAAGAAGUAAAAAUAGCGAUGAAAAUUCUGCUAAGAAAUUGUGCUUGGGUAAAGUAGGAAAUACAUCAAUUACAACUGGUAGUGCUACAAAUGGAAAAGGAAAAGCAGAACGUAUGAUGGAAAAAAUGGGAUACCAAGCUGGGAAAGGUCUUGGAAAAAAUAAUCAAGGUCGGUUAGAGCCAGUACAAACUUCAACGCAACAUGGGCGUAGAGGAAUUGGACUUUCUUAUCCUGAACUUGAAGCUGCGAGAUUAAAGUGGAAUCCUGAUGAAGAAAUUGUACAAAUUAAAGAAGAAAUGGAAUGGUUAAAAAAUGCACAUCGUCAUAUACCAACUAUUAAAGAAAUGCAUGACUGGAUGGUAUUGGGUCUAAAAAAAGAAACAAUAGACGAUGAAACUAAAUUUUGUGAGGCAAAAAUAGUGAAAGAUAUCUUAAAUUCAAAAACAAUAUUUGAUAAGAUUAAUAAAACAGAAAAGCGUAAGGCAAGAACGCGUUCCAAUCCAUAUGAAACAAUUCGAAAUGCAUUCUUCUUAAAUCGUGCUGCUGUCAAAAUGGCAAACAUGGACAAAGCUUGUGAUUUUCUAUUCACCAAACCAAACAAUUUAAAAAACAAUGAGCUGCUAUAUUUCGCAGACGUAUGCGCUGGUCCUGGUGGAUUUAGUGAAUACGUUUUGUGGAGAAAAAAGUGGCAUGCUAAAGGAUUUGGUUUUACUUUAAAAAAUGAGAAUGAUUUCAAACUAGGUGAUUUCUAUGCUGGAUCACCAGAAACUUUUCAUACCUUCUAUGGUCCAAAGGGUAAUGGGGAUGUAUGUGAUGUAAGUAACCAAGAGGCUUUUAGAGAUUUAAUUAUGAAACAUACUCAUGGCAAGGGUGUACAUUUUAUGAUGUCAGAUGGUGGAUUUUCAGUGGAGAAUCAAGAAAAUAUUCAAGAAAUCAUGUCAAAACAAAUAUACUUGUGUCAAUGUUUAGUAGCUUUAAUGAUAGUAAGAAAUGGAGGAAACUUUGUAACAAAACUAUUUGAUCUCUUUACGCCUUUUAGUGUAGGAUUAAUAUAUUUGAUAUAUCGUUGUUUUGAUGAAGUAUGUAUUUUCAAGCCGAAUACUUCAAGGCCAGCUAAUUCAGAAAGAUACUUGAUAUGCAAAGGAAAACGACACGAUACAAAUGAUAUUGUAAAAUAUUUAUUUUAUGCAAACAAAAUAUUAUUAAAAGGAGACGUAAAUAAGGAUGUUAUAGAAUUAGUUCCAUUAAAAGAAUUAGAAAUAGAAAAAGAAUUUGUACAAUAUUUGAGAAAAUCUAACAAUAAUCUUGGAAGAAAACAAAUUGUAGGCCUUCUUAAAAUAGCUGCUUUUUGUGAAGAUAGUACACUUAUAGAACCAAGACAAGCAGAUAUGCGACGAGAAUGCUUAAAAUAUUGGGAACUACCAGAUGAAAGUCGCACUGUACCAUCUUUUAGUAAACCACAAGAAAAUAUCAAACAUCUCAUGAAAAAUCGUGAUAAUAUACUUUCACAUCAGCAACAAAAAUUAACAUAUGAAAAUAUUCGCCAGACUGUGUUACAUACACCAUAUGACUGGCUAUGUACACCUUGUGGUACUGGAGAAUCCAAUAAAUUAACUACAUUUUAUAUGGGUAUGGGAAGAAGAAAAGUAUAUCGUUAUAUGAAUAAUAGUUGGGAGCAAAUUAAUGACCUUAAAAUAGAAUUACCUCCUGACACUCUUGUGUACGCAGAAAUAAUAAAUGAGAUUGCAAAAGAAAGAAAAAGUCAACGCAAAAUUUAUGCACUGCAUAUUUUGGAUGCUUGGAUACUCGGCGGAGAGGAUAUCAGUCAAAAAUAUUUGCCAGAUAGGCAUGAACUUAUAAAAAAAUUUUGUGAAGCUCUAUGGAAACCAUUUCCUAAUGAUUUUGCAAGAGUACGUGCAAAGGAGCUAUAUGCGUUUAGCCCUGAUAUCGAUAAGAAAUUACAACUUAUUCAACGUUAUAUGAAAAAUAAUAGACCAGAAUUAACGUGCGAUAUACCAAAAACACCUUUGGAUGAUGAGGAAACAUUAUAUUUCAUACCAAAUAGCAUCAUCUUUUUAAGAAGUACUAGUCGACCUUGGUUCCGAUAUUAUAGCAAAAGUCAACAUGAAACAUAUAUUCAUAAUCAAAAAACUAACGAAUCACAUUUCGAUAGAAGAAGGCCACCAGCAGCAGAAGCUAAAUUUGAUGAAACAUUUUCUAAUAGUAUGAUAUGGUAUUGGCCUCAUGAUGAAAUGCUUUCAAUGAAUACAGUCAUUCACUCUAUUAGAGAAAAAUGUCCAGAAUUAAUAGAUAGUAAAUAAUUAUAAUACAAUUUUAUAUAUAUGUAUAUAUAUGAAAAAAAAUUUUCAUUAUUUGAACCAAUCAUUUGCCAAAUCGAUUAAGUUUACAAAGUAAAAAGUAGACAAAAUUGAACAAGUAAUGAACAUUGUCGGAUCAUUUAUUAUUGAACGGCCAUAAAAAUUGUUCUCAUUUAGUGGUAUUAGGAUUAGUUAUUAGUCAUAUUUAGUUUAAAUAUAAAAAAUUAAAUAUUGAUCACACAAGUACUUUGAUAAAAAAAAAAAUUUUGUUUAAUUCUAAAAGCCGAGUUCAUUGCUUUGGUCUGUGAACGGUUGGUUCAUUCAUAAUAAUGAUACUCAAUUUUUGCUUAUAGUUUAUUUAAGCAGCUAUUUAAAAUUAAUCAUUUGAGUACGGACUCGUUUUUUAUAGCUUUCCGCAUAGUUAGGGAGGAAAGCUUUUUCUUUUUCUUCUAGAGCAUUUCUUAUAGUGAAUAGUUAAUACCACUUCUCAUUUCCCAAUCGGUAUCUGACAAAAUAGGAUUUGUCAUUAUACAUAACAGUUAAUAGAACAAAUCUAAUUGUAAUUGUGCUCUUUGGAUUUUUUUGCACGACACAGAAGAGCGUGAUCGUACUCGUCCGUACUCAAACAGAUAAUUAUAUUCUGUUCGAUUAUUAGAUUUAAGUUGUAUAAUAUAUAUAUAUGAAUCGCUUAUUUGCCAAAUCAAUUAAUUUCAUGAAACAAAAAGUAGAAAAAUUUGACAAAGUAAUAUACAUUGUUGUAUCAUUUAUUAUUGAAUAGUCAUAAUUGACCAUUGUGUUAUUUAUUGAUUGGUGUUAAGCCUAAUUAUUGAGAAAAUUUAUUUUUAUUUUUUUUUAACCCUUUGAUUGCAGCGCAUUCUAACACAAAAUCAUCAAUAUAUACAGCGCAAUAUUCGCAUGUUAGUCACUGUAACUGGCUGUCGCAAAUUGCUAUGCUCAUUGACCAAAAAACAUAUUUAUGGGUGCAAAAUAUGUUUGGAAAGGAAACACAAACGUAAUUAAAUAUAAAGAAAAAAAAUUUAGAGAGCAUAUAUAUACAUUUUUCGUAUAUAUAAAUAGACAUGCGAGGACAUAUAUAUCUUCAGCAGUUGAAGGGUUAAAUAUAAAAAGUUAAGCAUCAAUCAAGCACUUUGACAGUAAAAUUUUUUAAAAUUCUCAAAUAUAAUUGUUUUGGCCUGUAAACGACUCAUAUAAUAGUCUAUAAUAGACUCUGACUAAAUAUAUUAAGUUGUAUUGACUUGUAUAUUUUCGAUACAGAAGAGAAAACUUUUAUAUGGAAUAAUCAAUUUUUGUUCAUAACCCGAAAUAAAAUACCUUGUUACAAUUAUGCAUCCAAGUAAUAUUCUAUAGCAUUUCUUUUGUAUGAUUUUGUUUUUCUCCAGUGUAAAUAAUAAUAAUGUAUAUCAUUUUCUAUGAUUAGUAUUUAUCAUUAGAAUAGAUCGAGCAAAUUAUUUGCUGUGAUGCGUGUCUCUCUUUGUGUGUUUGUGGGUGUGCGUGUGUGUAUAUACGCACGUGUACAUUGUGCACGCAACUAUACAUAAUUCAUAUAUACAUAAAAUAUCAAUAUGUACAGAAGAUAAUAAAAAGUAUAAAAUUUUAUGGAUAAAUU